AUGUAUAUUAAAAAGGAAAAUAUUCAUUUAUUAUAUGAACACAUUAAUGUAUUGAAAUGUUCAUUAACGAGUUUGAGUUUACCAAGACUUUUACCGAGAGAUGUUUUGGAGAAAAUUUCAGAAAUUGAAAUGGAACACUUGACACAAUUAAUGAUUGAUGGAUGUGAAAUGAAUUUAGAUUGUACAUUAUUUUGUAAAUUUAAAUUAAAACAAUUGAGAUUAACAGAGAUUAUAACAGUGGAAGCAUUUUCUGCUCUUGCAAAAAAUGAAAAUUUGUACAAUUUAACAAGUUUAGACUUGUCUAUUUCUCAAUCUACCGUUGAAAGCAUUGAAAUAUUGAGUAAUAGUUUAAUAUUUAGUAAUUUAACAUGUUUAAUUAUGGAGCAUAAUCAUAUAGAUGAUGAAAUGGUUAAAAUUCUAACAAAAUGUAAAUAUUUAUCAAAAAUAAGGAAAUUGAAUUUAUUUGCAAAUGAUAUUGGAAAUGUUGGACUACUCCACAUAUCAUCUUGUGAAUAUUUGAGGCAAUUAAAUCAUUUAGAUUUGAGGAGAAAUUCAUUUACUGAUAUUGGAAUCGGCUAUUUGAGUAAUAGUUCAAAUAUGCAAAAUUUAGAAUAUUUGGAUUUGAGUAGAAAUGUAUUGAGUGGUGAUAGUGCUAUAUUAUUAUCAAAUAGUCAAUAUUUAACAAAUAUUAAAUCAAUUAAUCUAACUUCUAAUAGUUUAGGAUAUUCAUGCGUUAAGGAAAUUUCUAAAUUUAAACAAUUGGAAGAAUUGAAAUUAUGUAAUAAUGAUCUCAACCAAGAAUCCAUGGAAAUUAUUUCCAAAUCCUUCACAAAAUUGAAAGUUUUAGAUUUGAGUGAUAAUCCAAUUAUGGAAGGUGCUUCGCAUCUUCAAAAUUUACCAAAUUCCAAUUUAAUUCAUUUAGAUCUAUCGCUUUGUAAACUUCCAAUCAAAUGUAUUGUUGAUUUAUCAAUGAGUGAUUCUAUAUUGAAUGUAAAGAAGCUAUAUUUGGGAUUUAAUCAAAUUGGAGAUGAAGGUGUCAUGUUAAUUUCGUCUAGUCUUUACAAUCUCACUCAUUUGUUUCUUCCAUUUUCGAAUAUUACAUCAAGAGGUGUAAAAUAUUUAUGUGAUGGAGUGUUGGAUAGAAUUGAAUUGUUGGAUUUGGCAAAUAACAUGAUAGGAAAUGAAGGAUUGACCUACAUUUCACAAUGUAAUAAUUUUUCCUAUUUGGAAUAUCUAUAUUUGGAUAUUAAUAUUUUAAUAAGUGAUUUGAGUGAAUUAUUGUUUGUGAAUGGAAAUUUACAAAAUUUAAAACAUAUUUCAGCUAGAAAAUGUAUGAUUGUUAAAUUAAUUGAGAAAUCUGAUGAAAAUAUUUCUUUGCCAUUAUUGGAAUUUCUCGAUAUUUCAAAGAAUAAGUUUGAGAAGAGUGAACUUUCUAAAUUAAUGAAGAAAACUUCAAUUCUGCCUUGUACUCUUUCUCUAGUCAUUUUGUAUUAA